CGUGAUGCUUCCGUUAUGAGACGCUGAAUUCCCGCGAGAUUACACCGCAAAAUACUACAUCCGGUACAAGCAGCGGGCAACAGUUUCAGGAAGUUGGCUCUCAUGGGAACACAUGAGGAGCACUCUGUGCUGCUGCUGAUAUUGAAGAGGCCAACAGUUCUUCACCAAGGACAUGGAGAAGAUGUCACGGGUUACCACAGCUCUCAGCAGCAAUGCCAUCAGUGGCCGAACUAUGUUCUGCCACUUGGACGCUCCUGCCAAUGCCAUCAGCGUGUGCCGUGACGCCACACAGGUGGUGGUGGCUGGCCGCAACAUCUUCAAGAUCUACGCACUGGAGGAGGAGCAGUUUGUGGAGAAGCUGAAUCUCCGUGUUGGUCGCAAACCCUCGCUCAACUUCAGCUGUGCGGAUGUAAUGUGGCACCAGAUGGAGGAGAACCUGCUGGCCACGGCUGCCACCAAUGGGGCGGUGGUCACCUGGAACCUUGGAAAACCGUCUCGUAACAAGCAGGACCAGCUGUUUACUGAGCACAAACGCACAGUCAACAAGGUGUGCUUCCACCCCACAGAGGUUUACAUGCUGCUAAGUGGCUCGCAAGAUGGCUUCAUGAAGUGCUUCGACCUGCGCAAGAAGGAAUCUGUCAGCACUUUCUCAGGACAGUCAGAAAGUGUAAGGGACGUCCAAUUCAGCAUGAAGGAUUAUUUCACAUUUGCUGCGUCCUUUGAGAAUGGCAACGUCCAGCUGUGGGACAUCAGACGGCCAGACCGCUAUGAGCGAAUGUUCACUGCCCACACUGGCCCUGUGUUCUGCUGUGACUGGCACCCUGAUGACAGGGGAUGGCUGGCCACAGGAGGCAGAGACAAGAUGGUGAAGGUUUGGGACAUGACCACCAACAGGGCCAAGGAGAUCUACUGUGUCCAGACGAUCGCCUCAGUGGCACGGGUCAAGUGGCGGCCUGAGAGAAAGUUUCAUCUGGCCACCUGUUCCAUGAUGGUGGACCACAACAUCUAUGUGUGGGACAUUCGCAGACCUUUCAUUCCCUUCGCCACCUUUGAGGAGCACAAAGAUGUGACCACUGGUAUUGUGUGGCGCCACCAGCAUGACCCUCAUUUUCUGCUUUCUGGCUCCAAAGACAGUACACUCUACCAGCAUAUGUUCAAGGACGCCACUCGUCCCGUGGACAAGGCCAACCCAGAGGGACUGUGCUUUGGACUGUUUGGUGACUUGGCGUUUGCAGCCAAGGAGAGUCUGAUCAGCAGUGAUGCCAACAGAAAGCCUUACCCUGGAGGUGACCGUCGUUAUCCCAUCUUUUUCUUCAAGAAGCCCGACCAGACAGAACAGUUUGCCCAUGUGUCCAGUGCUCUUAGCGUCUUUGAGACAGACUUGGACAGUAACCGCAUGGACUGGUUUGUCAAGACAGCACAACUCUACCUCCUCAGCGGGAAGCCGUUUGCUGAGCUGUGUGAUCACAAUGCCAAGGUGGCACGGGAGCUCAAAAGACCUCAGGUUUCCACAACAUGGACCAUGCUGAGAAUCAUGUUCUCUGACCCAGCAAACCUCACAACACCCGGUCCAAACCACAACCUCAGUAAACUGGGCACUUUGCCUUUAAUGAACAGUUUCAGCAUGAAGGAAAUGGGCUCAGGGAUGGGCACAGAGAGCAGACUGGAGCGCAGUAAAGGUGAGAGCAGACAGGACAACAUCCACCUGGAGCCUGGAAACAUGCACAUCAGCAAUAAUAAUGAAGAAAAUGAGGAGACCGAGGGCAGCGAGGGCCAGGCUGAAUAUAUGUUUGGUGAUGCUGAGUUAGAUGAUGAUGACCUCUACUCUAUGGAGCACGACAACCAAACAGAGGAGCAGGAGUACACGCUGCCCCAGGAGGCCUUCCAGCUGCGCCACGAGAUCAUGGAUAACCCCUCUGCGCCCGAGCACCUUCAGCAGGACAAGGCCGACUCCCCACAUGUCAGCGGCAACGAGGCAGAGGUCACUUGUCUGACACCUAUCGAGUCCUUUUCUCUCAUUUCCAUUUCCCAGCCGCUGUUCAGCCCGCAUCUACCCGCCAGCUUCUUCUGCCCCAUUGUGCGGGAGAUGCUGAGCUACUACGCUGAGCAGGGCGACGUGCAGAUGGCCGUGUCUGUGCUUAUCGUCUUGGGGGACCGGAUCCGUAAAGAGAUUGAUGACCUCACCCAGGAGCACUGGUACAUGUCCUACAUAGACCUGCUGCAGCGAUUUGAGCUGUGGAACGUGUCCAAUGAGGUCAUCAAGCUGAGUACAUGCAGCGCCAUCACCUGCCUGAACCAGGCAUCUACAACACUGCACAUCAACUGCAGCAACUGCAAGCGGCCAAUGAGCAACAAGGGCUGGAUCUGUGACAGGUGCCACCAGUGUGCCAGUGUAUGUGCGGUGUGCCAUCACGUGGUGAAGGGACUGUUUGUGUGGUGUCAGGGCUGCAGCCAUGGCGGACAUCUGGAGCACAUAAUGAACUGGCUGAAAAGCAGCACACACUGCCCUGCUGGCUGCGGUCACCUGUGUGAGUACACUUGAGACCAUCACACCCACUGUUCACACAGCUGGUCCUCUGUGGGAGUGGGAAUCGGUCCUCACACAGCCCUGGAUCAUCACACACACCACAGACAAAUAAGAUGUCUUCAUCUCCCUCUGCGAGGGCCUUCAGUGAUUUCUCACUGUGGAAAGAACAACAGUUCUGUGUGUACUUGAAGUGACAUCAGUCAGAGCUCUGAUCUACAGGGUCUGAGGGAGGAUUAGUUUUAUAUGUGCUCUCCUGGACAGCUAUUCACAAGCCAACACAAUCGUGUGAAUUUACAUUUGCACUUGAAUUGGUUUUUGAACCAUUGUUGAAUUUGUACAUGAGCAGAUAAUAUGAUAGAUAUUCAAAGAAUUUAACAAUAUAUUUCAUAAACCUACAUUUGCUGCAUUUUACAUUGUUUUUAAACCCCUCAGUAAAACCUGGAAGGCUGUACAGCAAGACUUUUUUGCUCAUCUUAAGUGGAUUGUUAAUGUUUGUACAUAAUGCCUAAAUCUUAUUUUGAAACACUGUAGAUAAUGUUGAAUUAAUUUAUAUGAGAAAUAGCUCUCUACUCAAGCAGUACAUUAAAGCAAUACCUACAGAAUUUA